UUGUUUCUUGGCAUUCAUUGGAUCAGCAAUAUCACAAUGGGGGUUUUCGAUGGUCUCUCAAGCUUAGAGAGGCUAGAUCUCUCCAGUAACAGCCUAGAAACUCUCGAGGAAGGAGUGUUCGAUGGGCUGUCUAGCUUGAGAAUGCUCGAUCUUUCCAACAAUCAGAUAUCGAGCAUUACAGCUCCCUUGUUCAGCAAAGUCUCUAGUUUGCGAUUUCUGGAUCUUUCGCAUAACAAGCUUUCAGUCCUUCCACAAGAAUACUUGAGAUCCUUGAGCAUUAGAAACAUUUCUGUCGGGGUGUUUGACGGCCUCUCGUAUCUGUGGAGGUUGUAUCUUUCUGAGAAUCAGCUUUCUGGCAUCCCUCAAGGAGCAUUCACUGGACUAUCGGGCCUAGGAAAUCUGCAUCUUACAAACAAUCAGCUGACAAGCUUAUCUGAGGGAUCGUUUGCUGGACUACCAGGAGUGGGGCUGGUGCUCUUUCUGGAUGGAAACCAAAUGACAACUCUUAGCAACGGAGUUUUCAGCAGACUUACAGGCAUGCGAGCGCUGUAUCUGGAGAUGAAUCAGCUGUCAAGCAUUGAAUAUGGAUCCUUGAGCGGUCUCUCAAGUCUGAUUGAUCUCAGAAUAAGGGGCAACAGGCUUUCGAGUGUCCCCAAGGGAGCCUUUGAUGGUAAAAAAGCCUUGGAGUUGUUAGACCUCUCUUACAAUGAGCUUACCAUGAUUCCUGAGGGGACUUUCAAUGGUGCUUUCCCCACUCUUUGGGCUCUUUAUCUGAAUGACAACAAGUUGACAUGCAUCUCGUCAGAUGCUUUUGUGAAUUUCACGGCAAUG